GCUGGACCCGUUGGACUCGAUGAACCCGACCACCCCCCCUCCACCUCCCGGUUAACCGAGCAACAGUAGCCGUUAAGCUAACCGCGUUUACGGGUUAACAGUUGACCACCUGCGCGCGAGGUUGAGCUCGGAUUGUGUUGACCAGACAUUUGCAUUUCAUCGAUGUUUCAUCAUCCACGCCGGGGGGGUAGAUGUGCCUUCAGAGAGCCGAGCUACGUGGCGCCAUAGCUGUUGUAGGCUAUGAGUGUGGGUGAUGGAGGACAGUCAAUGUGGGGACUUGGACCACCUGAUCCAAGAUGAGUUUACCCUGAUCGAAGGAGUUAGCAACUCGGUCUUAUUGGUCGUGGUGCUAACUAUCAGCUUCCUCGCAGGCCUCCUCACUUUGCUCUGCAGACAAGAGCAGCAGAACAUUCACCCUGAGAAUCAGGAGCACGUUCGAGCCGUCCGACAACAGCUCCAAACCGAGCAGGAUGAAAACUCUCAGGCAGAGGACAGGCAGCAGUAUUACACAGACAUGUCUUGUCCUGUGUGUUUGCAGCAGGCAGUUCUGCCUGUGGAAACCAAUUGCGGACAUCUUUUCUGCGGAUCUUGCAUUAUAGCCUACUGGAGGUAUGGCACAUGGCUCGGUGCUAUUAACUGCCCCAUAUGCAGACAAAUGGUAACUUUGCUGUUCCCGCUGUUCCACGAGCACACCAAUCCUCAAAGGGUCCAGGACGGGGGGGCCGAGCCUCAGCUGAUCCUCACAGACGUUAACGAUUACAACCGCAGGUUCUCAGGCCAGCCAAGAUCUUUUAUGGACAGGCUGCGAGAUGUGCCCACCCUGCUUCGUCAUGCCUUCAGGGAGAUGUUCUCCGUGGGCGGCCUCUUCUGGAUGUUCAGGAUUCGAAUUCUCCUCUGCCUUGUGGGAGCAAUCACCUACCUGGCCUCGCCGCUCGACAUCAUCCCCGAGGCCCUGUUUGGUCUGCUGGGAUUUAUGGACGACUUCUUUGUGAUCCUGCUUCUGUUCGUGUACAUCUCUAUCAUGUACAGAGAGGUGGUUACACAGAGGCUGAAUGGCUAGAGGUUCACACACAAGAGGACUCUGCUCGCUCGUCUCGGGCUCGGGAGGAGUGAACACGCCAUCGGGGGUGGAUGGUUUAAGACUGACUUGAAGAACACAAGUCAAUCAAUAAUGCCGGAUCUCUCGGGAGGUUUACGUUGAAUCCCGAGUUCUCAGUUCAUCACUAACGUGGGGUCAGCAAAGGAAAUGAGGUGUGAAUGUUCACUCUGUAGAUGGCACUCACCAUUAACAGUUCGUAGAUUGAAUUACAUCAUGAGGAACGACAAUACAUUAUGAGACCUAUUAGACUCACUCUGCAGUAGUCCGGGACAUCGUUUUAGUCCAUUCAAUGACUUGAGGGGCUCCCUGUCCAGUCGAUUUUGACAGCAUUGGCAGUUAUUUGGUUUAUGUGCAUGAACAUAACGAAGACAACUGUGUAACAACGUGGUGUUGAAUGUCCUGUAUUAUUUGCAGUAUCUUCAUUCUAUGCAUUUAAAGUUGGCUGUCAUGCAUUGAGAUUGUUGAGCGUAGAAGCAACUUGCUGUGGCUGUCUCAGCCUGUUGGGUCCAUUAAACUGAGGGUGCAUUUAUUUAAGUUAUUGGUGACUAUGCAUAUUCAUAAUGACAACAAAGAAGGAGCUUUUCAUGCCUGUGAGAAAAUCCCUUAAUCAUUCUGCUUCCGACAGUUUACAUUUAUUGCUCAGAUCUAAAUGUGUUCUUAUAAUCUGAGGAUUCACAUGACAAUCAGACCUAGAAAUGAAAAGUAGUUUUCACAAUCGAAAGAAGGUGUGAGGGAAUAAUUAUAGGUCCUGUUGAAUGUGAGCUUACUUUGCCACUUUAAGAUAAUUGUUUAUGUCUUCUGUACAGAAUAUACAGGCUGAGUCUUAGAUGAACAGCUUCUUCAUUUGUGACCUGUUGGUAAAUUAAAAAUAUAAUUAAUACUUCAAAAUUAAAUUAAAGAGCAAUAUGUGAGUCA